AUUUUGCAACACCCAAACGCCUAUACUAUCUUUGUAUCACUUGGUUGUAGUCAACUUCACUCAACAACAACAACAACAGCAGUAACAAUAUAUAUAUUAAACGCAGCAAUAACAAUAACAACUCAUUUCAAAAUGAAUCUCUUAAUGUUAUCCGUUCUUUUGUUAGCCAUGUUGGCAUUUCAGCCGACAUUGAUUUAUGGCUUGAAAGGCUUGGCAUCCGCCAAUGUACAUAAAAACGGAAGCGGAAAAAAGCAUUCAGUAUUUGCAAAGUCAUUUCCAUCAUCAGCAUCAGCAUCAUCGUCAUCGUCAUUAUCAUCAUCAUCGGCAAAAUUGGUGUUAGCUAUGAAUUCGGGUAAUGUUUUGGUGCGUCCAGCGCGUGAUGCGGUUGAUAUGGGAUCAUCAGCUGUUCCAGUUUCUGUACCUAAUAGCAACAAUAAUGGUAGCGUUGGUGCUGGCAGACGUGGUAAAAAUAACAAUAAUAAUAAUAAAAAACUUAACAAGAACAUGGUACCGGAAAAUGCAUCAAACGGAGGCCAUAAACACGCAGAUAAGAAAUUUUCAGCAGCUGCAACCAAUCAACAACAACAACAACAUCAACAUCAGCAGCAGCAUCAACAGCAACAGCAUGGUAAUAACAAAAGCAAACAGCGCCAAUUGCUCAAGUCACAACAACACCAGAACCAUGGCAAACGCGCUGGCAGUAAGUCGAAGUCUGAAAAUGUUGAAAAAUCCGGCACUGAUGGCGCUAAGUCACAAUCGACUUGCCGUUAUACUAAGAGCGCUUGGACUGAAUGUGAUGCCAAAACCAAUAUGCGCUCCGGAACUUAA